ACGACACCGUACCGUUAGUCGGUUAACAACUGCUUGGCUUCGUCGUCUUUCCUACCGCGCAGGUCAGAAGCCACCAGUGAUGCCGAAGGGACGGAAAAUUGUCAUCGCGAAUCUCUUCAAGGGAGAGCCUAAAGUCACCGACUUCAAAAUCGAGACCGAAGAACUGCCGGCGCUACAGGAUGGCCAGAUACUGUGCGAGGCAGAAUACAUCAGCGUGGACCCGUACCAGAGGGCGUACUCACAGAGGCACAAGGUCGGCGCCACCAUGAUCGGAUCACAGGUGGCGCGUAUUGUGGAAAGUCGAUCGCCAGACUACCCAGUAGGGCGCCACGUGGUCGGCUACUGGGGCUGGAGCGACCGCACAGUGGUCAACCCUGCACCUAAAGGUGAGGAAGUACUGCCACCGAUGCUGGUGCCUGACCUUGGAGACCUGCCGCUGUCGCUGUCGCUGGGGGUGUUGGGAAUGCCGGGGGCCACCGCCUACUUCGGACUGCUCGACAUUUGCGACCCCAAGCCUGGGGAGGUGGUGGUCGUCAGUGGCGCAGCAGGUGCUGUGGGCUCCAUAGUGGGGCAGAUAGCCCGCAUCAAGGGCUGCAAAGUCAUCGGAAUAGCUGGCUCCGACCUAAAGGUUAAGUGGCUGAAGGAAGAGCUAGGGUUCGACUACGCCUUCAACUACAAGACGGUGAACGUGGGCAAGGCGCUGAAGGAGGCAGCUCCUCAGGGUGUCGACUGCUACUUUGACAACGUGGGAGGGGAGCAGAGCGGCGAAGUGAUAGCCAACAUGAGACACCGCGGCCGCAUCUCCGUCUGCGGAUGCAUCUCCACCUACAACGCCACCAAAGUGCCGAUGGCGCCCGUCUUGCAGAUGCACAUGGUCGGCAAGGAACUCAAGAUGGAGGGCUUCAUGGUGGGGCGCUGGUGGGGCCGCUGGGACGAAGCUUUCACGGAGAUGGCGCAGUGGAUCAGGGAGGGCAAACUCAAGUACAAGGAGACCGUCACUGACGGCUUCCAGAACACACCGCAAGCUUUCAUUGGCAUGCUCAGGGGGGAGAACCUAGGCAAGGCGGUUGUCAAGGUCUGAGUUGAUUUUCAUCUACGAUAUAAGUUCUUAUUUCCUAGAAGAUGAGAAGGACGAUGGUGGUUCAUCAAAGUGAGCUAAUAUCUGCCAGUUCAUAAGUA